AAUUGGGUCAUGUGAUAGAAACCAGCUGACCCGAACUUUUUUCCAGAGUCAGGUUUUAUUUUCGCUGUUCACAUCGCUCCCUGAAAAAAUACAGAAAAAUCCAACGAAAUGGCUCUCCACUCUGCAAUUAAGGGUAAGCUAAUCAGCGUUAUUGGCGACGAGGACACCUGUGUGGGAUUCCUUCUCGGCGGUGUUGGCGAGAUCAACAAGAAUCGUCAUCCCAACUUCAUGGUGGUCGACAAGAAUACGGCCGUCAGCGAGCUGGAGGACUGCUUCAAGCGAUUCCUGAAGCGGGACGACAUCGACAUUAUUCUAAUCAACCAGAACUGCGCGGAGCUCAUCCGUCACGUGAUCGACGCACAUACGUCGCCCGUUCCUGCUGUACUUGAGAUCCCCUCGAAAGAUCAUCCUUACGACGCCAGCAAGGACUCUAUUCUGCGUCGCGCUCGCGGCAUGUUCAACCCUGAGGAUCUGGUGCGCUAAUUUCACGGAUUCGUAUCGAGGAGCUCCCAUACACUGUUUCGUAUUGCUGCUACCGUCAGAGUAUUUGCUUUACAGCAUGUAAACAACUAUCCAUAAAUUCAGUGCUACGCCUUUGUUCUUUUUGUGUAUUUAAAGACAUUUAUUAAAUGGUUUUCGUUGUAUAAAAUAGAUUAAAAUCAAAUUGUUCCAAAUCAUGUACUGGAAAAUUAAUUCAGUGUUGGGCUAAGCAUAACUGGAGAUUUCCCACUGGAAAGUAUUUCUAGUGCUGUACCGGUAACAGUCUUCCAGCUCAGAUACAGUGCGCACUCACAACUUAACUUAGAUAUUUGUUUGUGUAAUGUUUAUAUUAAUAGGGUAGUGAUUUUCAAUUUCCGUAUAAUUUCGCAGUAGAAUUAAUUAUCAGUUUAUUGCCAAUAUUACAAAUAAAUAAAAAUAAACCUUUUCUGAUGUG